AUUUUAUGUUAAAAAUUUCCAAAUUACCAACACAAUUGACAAUUUUUGCAAAUAAUGUUAAGUCAGCUGAUCGAAAAGUGACGUUUCAAAAAUUAAAUCAUUUUUAUCGCGGAGAAAAAAAAUAACAAUGUCUCAAUUUCGAAAAAAAUUCGCUCUUUAUUUCUUCUGACAAAUAUAGAAAUAAUAUUUAAUUCCAAAAAUUUUUCAAGUUAAUUUUAUACGCAAUAAAAAGUGAUUGAAAGGAAGUUUACACAUGUUUUUAGGUUAUGAAAGCCAAAAGUUAAAAAUUAAAUAAAAUAAAUUUUUCAGAUAGAAUUAUCUUUAUUGCUAUAUAAUUAUAUAUACGGUAUUUCUAUUGUGAAUUUAAUUCUUUGAAUUGUGACUGUGCAAAAUUACAGUGAUUUAAAAUAAAAUAAAAAAUUGAGUACAAAAGUUCGUGAAUUUUGUUUCUCUUUUUUAAAAAAAAGUUAAGAAUAGGAAAUAAUGAGAAUUGCAUAAUUUAAUUAAAAGAAACAAUCAAGAAAUUUGGGAAAAUCGAAAAUUUUGCCAAAGAAAAGGAAGAGAGAGGAAGAAAGAAGAAGUUUUGAUUUUUAUUUUCGUUAAUGAUCUAAAUUGUUAUAAUUAAUUAUAAAAAUUAUUGUAUUUCUUUUCGAAUUAAUGAAAGAAAUUUUGGAGUAAAAAGAAAAAAAAAUUGCUUCUCUUUCGAAUUUCGGAGUAAAAGAAGAAAAAAAUUGAUUUUUCUUUCGAAUAAAUAAGAAAGGAAAAUCAUGGCAACCGAUGGAAAUGGAACGACAAUUAAUUUCUGCAAAACAUUUUGCCCACCAAAUAUUACGUUCUCGGAAAUAUGGAUUAAUCAUGGAAUGUCGAAAUGUUUCGUUGACACUGUGACAGUGACAAUAAUUUCACUGUAUAUUUUAAUUUUCGGCACAAUUCAACUGCGAAUGUAUCGACUUUAUGGUGGUAAUAUUAAUCCAAAUUCAAUACCACGAAGUAAAUUGUAUAUUUUGCAAAAAGUUUGCCUCUAUUUAGUGCCAAUACUCAGUGUCACGAGAUUUAUUUUACAAGCUACUGUUUUAGAUGAUAAAACCGUUUACGGCUAUAUGCUUUAUAAUACAAUAUUAACAGUGAUUGCUUAUCCGUAUUCGGUUUAUGUUUUACGUGUGGAACGUCACAAAUUACUUCCAAGCGUUCCAACUGGCGGUCAUGGUUUGGUACUUUUGGGAUUUUGGACCCUGGCAUUUUGCUUUGAAAAUUUAGUCUUCAUAAAUAUUGGCAAAAUCGAAUGGUGGUUUCACCUGAAUACGCUCACGGAUCAAAUAGAAAUGUCUCUCUUUGUGCUUCGCUAUGUCAGUAGUCUUCUUAUUUUUGCAAUUGGUCUCCGAGCGCCAGGAAUUUUUGGCAAUGUUUGGAACUAUGAAAAUCUUGAGAACGAACAAUAUCGAGAAAGACAAUACUAUCAAGCGCGGUCUGAUGACAAUACAUCGACAUGGAGGAACGCGUGGUAUAAAAUGAAAACUCUCUCUCCAUUUUUAUGGCCGAAAAAGGAUUUUUUACUUCAGCUUCGUGUCAUUUUUUGCUUUGGUUUACUCGCUCUUGGACGAUUAAUAAAUCUCUAUGUUCCAAUUUACAAUAAAAAAAUUGUCGACAGUGUUUCUAUUACUCCACUUCAAUUUAGAUGGGACCUGGUGUUGAUCUACGUUGGCUUUAAAUUUCUCCAGGGCGGCGGAACCGGUGGAAUGGGUUUUUUAAACAAUUUUCGUUCAUUUCUCUGGAUACGUGUUCAACAAUACACGUCACGUGAGGUUGAAGUCGAACUUUUUCGACAUUUGCAUAAUUUGAGUCUUCGAUGGCAUUUGGGACGCAAAACGGGCGAAGUUCUACGUGUCGUCGAUCGUGGCAAUGAUUCAAUAAACAAUUUACUAAAUUACAUUCUCUUCUCAAUAGUGCCGACGAUCGUUGAUAUUUUAAUUGCCGUUAUAUUUUUCAUCAGCGUUUUCAAUAAAUGGUUCGGUCUCAUUGUAUUUUCCACAAUGGUUCUCUAUAUCCUGGCAACGAUUUCCGUGACCGAAUGGCGAACGAAAUAUCAAAGGCGAAUGAAUUUGGCGGACAAUGCAAUGAAAACGCGAAGUGUCGACAGUCUAUUGAAUUUUGAAACAGUGAAAUAUUAUGGAGCGGAAAACUACGAAGUAAUGUCCUACAGAGACGCGAUAGUUAAUUUUCAAAUUGAAGAAUGGAAGUCAAUGUUCACGCUGAAUAUUUUGAAUACAAUGCAAAAUGUUAUUAUUUGCAGUGGUUUGCUCGCCGGUUCGCUUCUUUGCCUCCACAUGGUCGUUUCUGGAGAAGGAUUUACGAUUGGUGACUAUGUUUUAUUUGCCAGUUACAUAAUUCAACUUUACGUUCCUCUCAAUUGGUUUGGAACUUAUUACAGAAUGAUACAGAAGAAUUUUGUCGAUAUGGAGAAUAUGUUUGAAUUAUUGCGCGAGGAAGAGGAAGUAAUUGAUGCACCAGGUGCUGGUCCAUUAAUUGUGAAACGGGGUGAAGUUGAAUUUUCCAAUGUCACAUUUGGUUAUAAUGCAGAAAGAAUUGUCCUGCGUAAUAUUAGCUUUAACGCACCGUCGGGAAAGACAGUUGCAUUUGUCGGUCCAUCGGGCGCUGGAAAGUCGACAAUAAUGAGAUUAUUAUUCCGUUUCUACGAUAUUGAACAGGGUUCAAUUUCAAUUGACGGUCAGGAUUUAAAGACUGUUAAACAGGAUUCAUUGCGAUCCGCUAUCGGUGUCGUGCCUCAGGAUACUGUACUUUUUAAUAAUACAAUUAAAUAUAAUAUUCAAUACGGAAGAAUUGAUGCGCCGGAUGUCGAUAUAAUUGCAGCAGCAAAAUAUGCGGAUAUUCACGAAAGAAUUUCAUCAUUUCCCGAAGGAUACGAAACUCAGGUUGGCGAGAGGGGUUUGCGUUUAAGUGGCGGUGAAAAGCAGAGAGUUGCAAUUGCAAGGACAAUAUUGAAGGCGCCGAAAAUUGUUCUCCUCGAUGAGGCGACAAGCGCAUUGGAUACGGAGACCGAGAGAAAUAUACAAUCGGCAUUGAAUCAAGUUUGCGCGAAUCGUACGACAAUUAUUGUUGCACAUCGUUUAUCGACAAUAAUUCAUGCCGAUGAAAUUCUUGUUCUAAAAGAGGGUGAAAUUGUUGAACGCGGUCGGCACGAGGAACUCAUUAAAUUUAAUGGCGUCUAUCAAAAAAUGUGGGAGUCGCAAUUAAAGAACAAUCAAGACGAUGCUUCGUCAUCGAAAAUUAAUCACGACAAUGAUGAUGAUAAUGAUGAACAAAAAAUGAUUAAAGAUAAAUAAUUUUUUUCUUUACUUGGAGAAGGGGGCAAAAAAAGUGAAGAAGAAGGAGGAGAAGGAUUUUUUUUUCUAACAGAAAAAAGAAUUUAGAGCGUAAAAAACGAAUUCUUUCCCCCACUUAUAAUUGUGAUUCAAAAAAAAAAGAAAAAACAAAACAAAAUUAAUAGAAAAUGGACUGAAAAAUUGUUAAAAUUUUAUAAAUUUUCUUUAUCUGACUAAAUUUAUUUUUUUUUGUUUUUUAAAUUAAUUGCA